UGCAUUGCCUGGUGAAAGAUGGCAUCCAGCCUGACUUGUACCGGGGUGAUCUGGGCUUUGCUCUCCUUCCUGUCUGCUGCCACCUCCUGUGUGGGGUUCUUCAUGCCUUACUGGCUCUGGGGAUCUCAGCUGGGCAAGCCUGUGUCCUUCGGCACUUUCCGGAGGUGCUCCUAUCCUGUGCAAGAUGAGAGUCGGCAGAUGAUGGUGAUGGUGGAGGAAUGUGGGCGCUACGCCUCCUUCCAGGGCAUCCCCAGUGCAGAAUGGAGGAUCUGUACCAUAGUGACAGGGCUGGGCUGUGGCCUGCUCCUCCUGGUAGCUCUCACUGCCCUGAUGGGUUGCUGUGUGUCAGACCUCAUCUCCAGGACAGUAGGAAGAGUGGCGGGAGGAAUACAGUUUCUGGGAGGCUUGUUGAUUGGCGCUGGUUGUGCUCUCUACCCCCUGGGCUGGGACAGCGAGGAAGUCCGGCAGACUUGUGGCUAUGUCUCUGGCCAGUUUGACUUGGGCAAGUGUGAAAUCGGCUGGGCCUACUACUGCACCGGGGCCGGGGCGGCAGCUGCCAUGCUGCUGUGCACGUGGCUGGCCUGCUUCUCGGGGAAGAAGCAGAAGCACUACCCCUACUGAGACUAGGCCACCGGGAGAAGCAGAGGCGAGGAUGGACCACGGGGACCAAAGGAGCCAAAGCAUCAGCUACGUUCACAAGGUGGAAUAGUGGUUCGAACCCAGUACAAUGCUAAUGUAAUGAAAUCCGAUUGAAUCUGGAACAUUCUGUAGGAAGGGAGGGUGGUGGGGGAGUUGUCAAAAGCAUGGAAAAUAUGGGAUGAUGGAGGACAAUGGACCAAAGGCUAACAACACUGCAGGACAUUGGAUGCUUCUAUUCCACAGAGUAUCGUUAAUGUAUAUCACACACACACACACAACAAACUAUAUAUGCAAAUGAGGAUCUCAUUCUGUUCUCCUUCAAAAAGAUGAGGACUAGGGGAGUCAAAAGGGCUAGUAGAAACAGUCUUAUCUUAGGAAGCAGGAGAUGUACCCUGCAGACAUUCCCUGUAGAUGAGGACUGAGCCUGAAAGCACAUACGCACGUGCACACAUGUCAUACACAUGCGCACACAUCAUAUGCACACACACAUAUCAUACUGCACAGGCGGUCAGCUGUGUACUAUUGCUCCUGGUUUUUUUAAAUAUACAUCAGUACAGUAUCAUCACAUUAUAAAACCAUACAUUAAGCCUAGUCCAUGGACCAGUAAACCACUCUAUCAGUAUUUUUGAUAUCCUGCAUAAAUGCUUUAUGCCCACAGUGUGUCUUCACUGUUUAUGCAGAUCUUUAGGGGGAAGCCUUUGUAUUUCAGUGUUAUUCAAAGACACACAGUAGUGAUCUGAGUAGUUUCUGCUGUAAUAUCCUUGUGAAGAAAUUGGACAGCUUUUGUCCACCAUAGGUGAGAAUUCAGUUGCAGAUAUGAGAGUGAAGGGAAGUCUUUCUCCAAUUAUUGGAUCUUGUUUUCUUUUAUUCAUUAUUCUACUGUGCUAUACCACAAUUAUUUCAAUAUUCAUUUUGUAAAGGGAAAAAAGUACUAUUUUGUUUGUAUUUGAAAAGCUCUGUGAAUAAAUUCUCUUUGAUCAAUA